AUGUUAAGAGCUCAAAAACUACACUCGCUGAAAUCAUCGGAUAUCACUGCGAUAUUGCCCACUGAACAGUCACAAAAAUUAGUGUUGGCAAAGAAAAAUGGUGACGUUGAAGUGUACUCUCGAGAUGGUAAUACGCUUAAACUAUUUCAGGUGUAUCCAGACCUCUUACAAAAUGCUAAAAAUGAUCCUUCGACUCCAAUGAUUGAAAACUUUUAUUUUGCAAACGAGCUUUCUACUAUCUUUGCACAGUGUAAAGAAACCUUGAUCUUAUUAAGCACUACAAAUUUACACGAGUAUGAUCGAAUAAUUGACAGAAGAGGUAUAAACCAUUGCUGGCUAUUCGAAAGGUCACACAAAAAUAAAGAAGAAAAGAAUACUUACCUAAUAUAUUCAACCACCAACACUGCUAAGAUGAGAGUAUUGAUAUGGGAGGGCAGGACCUAUAAAAAUAUGAUGGAAGCAUCAUUAUCGUAUAGGAAAGAAACCAUUCGGUCCAUAUAUCCUGGAGAAACAGGAAUAACCUUAGCGACAGAUUUAGGCAUUUAUCACUGGCCAUAUAACAAGCCCUCCCUCAUCAGAAUAGAAAAAACAGUGAAAAACAAAUUUCCAAGGGACAUGAUAUCAGCGUUAACCGAACUUAAAGAGCAGGCAGAGAAAGUCCUCGAAAAGAAUCCCAAAAAGUAUAGCCGUAAUGAUGCUCAAUCCCUUUCUUCUAUGGACAGAAUGUCCAGGAAAUCGAGUAUGUCAAGCUUAUGGUAUAGAAGCAUAAGAAAUGAACGUGGGAAUAAAAUACGAUAUGCUUUUGAAUUAGAAGGCAACGACGCUACCCCAAUGGUGAUUGAUGGUGUUACUAAAAAAAUUUUCAAGGUAGAGCUAAUGCAUAACAAUGAGGAGCCAUUUUUGAUCGCCACUGAUCAUGCUACAUUUUCCGAGUCAAAUUCCGAAUUCGAUCACAUGCAAUAUUUGUCGUCCAAUCUGCUGAUGUUAUAUAAUUCAAGUACCGUCAAAUUUGUUGAUUACGAAAAUGGAUUUACUUUUCUGCAACAAAAAAUACCAGAAGGUAUAAAAUGGGUCAAGAGUCUCUCGGGAACCUAUUUUUUAGUAUGGACUUCAAACGAUGAAAUACAGUUAUUUUCUUAUCAUGUAGACGAUGGCUCUGAGGAUGGUGAUCAAGAGUCUAUUUGCGGUGACAUUAACGACCCAGAUUUUUACCAACUGUGGAGAAAAGUGCUUUUUUACAAGUUUUUCAUUGAUUCUCCACAUUCUAAAGAGUUAUGUAUUUCGGAAAACCCCGAAGAAUCCUUGGAUAUAUGUGCUAUGAAACUAAGGGAUUUGACAGUAAUGUGGUGUUUAAGAAUUUUUGAUAAAUUUCAAAAUUAUAUGGUCCAACUAGAAAGCAGUAAAAAUUCAAGGAUGAUUCGUUCUAAAUGUGAAGAGAUGAUCAUCAAGAAUAUUUUUGACCUAUUUAUCAAAUUUUGGGCUCCACCUCAAUUAGUCAUAUUAAAAGUGUUUCCCUCAGCCAUUUCAAGUUUGGUAUUGGAAAUUACCGGUCAGGAACAUCACUGCCUGAUGAAGGAAGCCGAGGAGAUUAAAGAGACUUAUGACAUCCCGCCGCACUUAUUGAACAGGUGGUGUUUACCUUAUCUGACUGAUACAAGGCGACAUUUGCAAAACUUGUUAAGCAAGAAGAACGAUGACGAAAAUUGUAUAACUUGGUGCUAUCGCGACCGUGAAAUCAAACAAAGUUUCGAUUUUUUUCUUAUCAGCAACCAUGAUGAUGUUGACCUUGAAACAAUGUUAACUUUGAUAGAUACGGUAUUAUUCAAGUGUUAUCUUUACUAUAACCCCCCUAUGGUGGGACCAUUCAUUCGUGUAGAAAACCACUGCGAUUCAAAUGUUAUAGUGACGGAAUUAAAAAUACGUCAUAUGUUCAAAGAUUUAAUUGAUUUUUAUUAUAAACGUGGUAAUCAUGAAGAAGCCUUGAGGUUCCUCACGGAUUUGGUCGACGAAUUGGAAAACGAUAAUACAGACCAAAAACAACAUCAAAAAAUUGAGCACGGUGUUAAAAUAUUAGUUAUUUAUUAUUUGAAAAAGUUAUCAAACCCACAGUUAGACGUUAUAUUCACUUAUACUGACUGGCUGCUAGAACGACACCAGGAUUCAAUUAAAGAAAUCCUUUCAUCAAUAUUUUUUUAUGAUUCUCAAGCAUGCAACGGUAGGAACCAUUUAAAAGUAUACGAGUACAUCAAAGAACACGAUAAGUUACUCGCUAUACAAUACUUAGAAUUUGCGAUCAGUACUUUUAGAUUGGAAGGGAAUAAAUUGCAUACUGUCCUAAUUAAGCUGUACCUUGAAAACUUGGAUAUUCCCUCCACAAGAAUCAAAUUGAAGUCAUUAUUGGAAACAACAUCGGUCUAUGAGCCCAGAACAAUCUUAAAAUUACUGAAUGAUACUAUUGAGAACGACUCUGAUCGGUUACCCACCAAUAAACUAAACUUCGUAAAGUAUUUGAAGAUUUUUCCCUUGUCAAAACUGGAAAACCAUAAGGAAUCUGUGCAUAUAUUGCUUGAUGAGAUAAAUGACUACAAAGCAGCAACAAGCUACUGUGAUGACGUAUACCAAAAUGACUCGACAAAGGGCGAAGAGCUUCUGUUGUAUUUAUAUGACAAGUUAGUCUCUAUAUAUGAUUCUAAUAGGAACUCCAAGCUGAUUUUGAAUUUUUUGCAAGACCACGGAUCAAAAUUGAAUUCGGUGGAGAUAUACAAAAACUUACCUCAGGAUAUUUCCUUGUAUGAUAUCGGCAGGGUGGUGUCGCAACUAUUAAAGAAGCACUCGUCAAAAAUGGAUGAGACCAGGUUAAAAAAAGCACUUCUCCAGGUUGAACUUGUGGCCACCACUUACAAUCUCAAUGACCGCAUGUCAUCGUAUGGAGUCCUAUCAGAUAGCCAUAAAUGUCCUAUCUGCAAGAAAGUAAUUUCAAAUUUUGGAACAGAUUCGAUCUUGUGGUUCACUAGGGAAGGCAGAAACAUCAUUACACAUUAUAAUUGUGGGAAAGUACUACAGGAACGGUUUAACGCUAAAAAUGAAAAGUCUUCGAAAAUUAAACAAAAAACUUUGGGAGAAGUUAUAAAUGAGUUAAAUAAUAAGUAA